CGAGCGCCUCUGAAUGCCGCCACUGCUGCUGCAGGGCGGAGGGUGUGUCCUUGAGCCCCCACCCCUCGGUGUAGCGGGCGGGGGGGUGGAGACCGGCGGCAGGAGGCGGAGGAGGAGGAAGUGGAGGCGGCGGCGAAUAGCGGGCAAAUGGAGACCUGAAAGGGUUGCGGCGGCAGCCUCAGUCAGCAGGCGAGCCUGGCUCCAGACGCCUCACUCCUCCCGCGGGGCGGUCUGUGCAAGCUCCGAGUUGCCGUCGCCUCAGGCUGUGGUUGCUGGGAGAGCAAGAGCCGCCGCCUUGUGCCUGCUCCAUUUAACCGGCAGAGCAGGAGGGCGGCUGCUGCUGCCGCCACCGCCUCUACCGGAGAGACGCUUUCCCCUCCGCCGGGGGCACCUUCCCGUUGUCUCGGGACCUUCCUGGAUCCGCUUGGCCUCGGAGGGCCUGCAAAAAAGGGUUGCACCCAACUUGCUGUUUGCAAGGAGCCCGCCUGAGCCAUGCCAGCCUGGGGUGCGGGGAAGUUUCCAGAUGGCUACUGAGCUGCUGCUGACUUCUCCCCCCUCCCUCUGCAAGGUUCCUGCUGCUGCUACUGGAAAUCUCACAUGGCUGUGAAAUCCUAAAGAGCCCCGACCCCUCAGGCACCCUGAAGACUGAAUGAGCGCCCUAUAGCGCCGCGUCUUGAGAAGGGGGCUCUUGGGCUCCAGCCUUCGCGUUCCUCCUCCUCGACUCGUUAUUAUUAAUUGUUUUCAAUAACUUGGGUGAAGCGGAAGGGAAGAUGCAGACCUUUCUGAAAGGGAAACGGGUUGGUUAUUGGCUGAGCGAAAAGAAAAUCAAGAAGCUGAAUUUCCAGGCGUUUGCGGUGCUUUGCAGGAAAAGGGGAAUAGAAGUAAUACAGCUUGACCUUACCAGACCAAUAGAAGAUCAGGGCCCAUUAGAUGUGAUCAUACACAAACUAACAGAUGUCAUCAUUGAAGCUGACCAAAAUGACAGCCAGUCAUUGGAGUUGGUGCAUAGGUUCCAGGAGUAUAUUGAUGCUCAUCCUGAAACCAUCAUUCUGGACCCACUUCCUGCAAUCAGGACACUGCUGGAUCGAUCAAAGUCUUAUGAGCUUAUUAGACAGAUAGAGGCCUAUAUGCAAGAUGAGAGGAUCUGUUCUCCACCAUUUAUGGAACUGACAAGCACAUACGGAGAAGAUACCUUGCAGCAAAUAGAGAAGAGUGGAAUAGAAUUCCCAUUCAUUUGCAAGACAAGAGUGGCCCAUGGAACCAACUCUCAUGAAAUGGCUAUCAUAUUCAACCAGGAAGGCCUGAAGGCUAUUCAGCCCCCCUGUGUGAUUCAGAGCUUCAUCAACCAUAACGCUGUCCUCUAUAAAGUCUUCGUGGUUGGAGAGUCAUACAGCGUGGUGAAGAGGCCGUCUCUCAAGAACUUCUCAGCCGGCAUUUCAGAUAGAGAAUCGAUAUUUUUCAACAGCCACAAUGUAUCAAAGCCAGAAUCCUCAUCAGUCCUAACAGCACUCGAUAAAAUAGAAGGUGUGUUUGAAAGGCCGAACGACGAGGUCAUACGAGCGAUCUCGAAGGCGCUGCAGCAGGCCCUAGGGGUGUCUCUCUUUGGGAUUGACAUCAUCAUUAACAAUCAGACUGGUCAACAUGCUGUGAUUGACAUCAAUGCAUUCCCAGGUUAUGAGGGCGUCUCGGAAUUCUUCACGGAUCUCCUCAACCACAUAGCUGCCGUCCUGCAGGGGCAAGCACCCGAGGCACCCCAGCUGAACCGGAGCAAGCACCUGGCCGAACAGACCGGCAGCUUGGCAGGGGAGCGGACAUGCUGCGCGAGCAACGGCUGCCGGAGCAUGGUGGGCAAAGACCCUUGGAUCGUGGACAGCGAGGCCACCCCCUCAGUCAAGCUUCAGCACCAGAGACUAGGUUGCAACUCGGCUGUCUCUCCCAGCUUCCAGCAGCACUGCGUGGCCACAUUGGCAACGAAAGCUUCCUCUCAAUAACCCAAACCGGCUCCGUAGACUGAGGGGGAGGCCCCUAGGCCCCAGGAUCAAAGCAGGCUGGUUGGUAAUGCAACUACUACGUUAAAAAAAGAAGAAAUCUUUAUUAGUUCACCGUGAUUUUUUUUAAAGGAAAAAAGAAACAAAUUUAGUGAUCUGGGUCCACUUCAUCAGAUUCCUACUGCAGCUGCGUAGUGAUUUUACACACGCUUGUGUAUCUGUGUGUGUGUGUGUGCGUCCUUGUGUGUGUGUGUGCGCGCACACACAUGUCUUUUUAAACACUAGAUCCCUUAAUAUGGGAGGAUGGGAAGGGGAUAUCACUUGUUUUUGUUUUGUUUUCAUUUGUAAUCAUUAGUGACCAGUAAACCUCACAGAAUGGAUAAGGCUUGCAUCUGAAAAAAUUACCCAGUCAAAAUCCAACAGCCCUUCUUCACUUCCCUCUCAGCUUGCUCUAAAGAGUAGGGCAAGAGAGCACACAGAAUGUUUUUAUUGUGCACUGAAAAGGUUCUCAGCCAGGUGAAAGCCUAUAUGAUUCUGUUGUCAUUGGCUGUGUCACUACCUGUCGCACAAGAGAAUCCUGGGGAGGUUUCUUCAGCCAGGCCUUUUCCUUUCCCUCAAUAGUUCUUCUGCUUUCCCUGUCACGAGACUCAACAGGGGUCAGCUGUGGUUGUGACCUCUGCUCACUACAACUUAUUCUCUUCAAAAACAGGCCAGGCUUUUUACCCUACCGCCUCUUUCACUCUUCUGGGUUGAUUCUGUGGGAUACUUCUUGAAGGGGUAACAUGUAUUCAUCUGUAAUUGUGUUGCACUAUCUGGCUGUACCUUAAGACCAGUAGCAAAACCAGGAGUGUUUCUUUCCUCUGAACCAAUAAAGCCUGCCUCUGCAACCUUGGCCAGUUCCAGCUAUUAUAUCAAAAGUAGCUUGGACCAGUUAAGAGAAGGCUUGGUUAGUAAACCUGAGGGCCUCUUCCUGUUUGAAACAAUCUCUAAAUUGUUUGAAAGGAAACAUUUUAAAAAUCCUGAGUUGUCUAAGCAUCAGUGGAGCAGUUGAACAUUUUACACAAGCUUCAGCUUGUGGGGGGGUCCAGUUCACCUGCUUACCCAAAUCCAUUUCCUGUGCUCAUAGUGAAUGCAUCCAAAGUUAAUCUGCACCUCCUUUUUUGGAGAGGUAGAAGGAAGAUGUGAAUCGUGCAUACACAUGGCCAUCAUCAUGCAUUAUGGCAUAGGGCUGUAACGGGGAGGGGGGGCAGUGAAUGCUCGUACUCCCUGAACGGCCAUACCAGAAAAGCCCCCCCCCCUUUAAAGAGCACGAAUUAGUCUUAAUUCACCACUGAUGUCAAACAUUCUUGAAUUUCUAGUCUGGAAGGAGAAGGUGGGAAGACCUGAUGAGAUUUUGGAACAGAGAAAGAGAGAAGGGGAAUGCCAAGAGAGUUUUAUAGCCUGCAUAUUGGCCUGCGCUUUCUAGCUGAGGGAAUGCCUAGAACUGUCCAUAUGGGGGAAGAAUGCUUGGCUUGUGAGGUAUUUUUAAGCCCCAGUAUAAAGACUCUGCAGGAAAUAGUAAUUGAUAUAAUCACCCUUUAAAAGUAGGUGGUUUCUGUUCAGAGAUGAGAGAUCAUCAGACAUUCAUUUUGGGUUUCUGAAUCCAUUUUGAGUCAUUGCAGUUUGGAACGAUGCUUUCUGUUAUCGACAGUUGCUGAGGGAUCACAAUGGAAAACAGGUAGGGAUUUGAGUGCACAUUUUUAACACACAUUAGGCAGGGGUGAAAAGUAGGUUGAGCGUGGAUUUAUAGAACUCUUCGAUACCAUUAACCUCUUGCAAGUUCAUGAUCUUUUUUUUUUAAGAGAUUGCAAUCAGAACCCCCCCCCCCCUGUGUUCUUGUGAGCAAUGCAAGCUGGAACAUAGUUUCCCCCUGACAAGUGAUCACAACCCAACGCAGGUCUUUAUAUCAUUUAGUAAGGCAAAACACAUUGCAGUUUGUUCCAGCCCUGCUCUACCUCAUUGGUUGUUGGGACUGAUGAUGUCAUGUUGUGCCAUACUAAAUAUAAUGAGAGAACAGGAGAAAAGAAAGCAUGGACUAGUUCCAGACACUGUUGACCUCAGGGAACCCCUACUAGGGUAUAUGAUUCUACUAUGGCAUCACUGGGUUUUGGAAUUCUCUCUCUCUUUUUUUUAACUAUUAACUUUUCUCUUUCUCCCCCUCCCACCCAUCCCCUGCACCCCCCUCCAAAAUGAAAUGGCAAUAUUAAAAUAAAUUUGAGCUGAGGGAGAGAGAAGAGGAGAGAUUCUGUUUGGUGUGAUUUAGUAGUGGGAGACAUUUCAAAACUAACAAUGUUUACAUGAAUCUGAGUAUUGGAUCCAAUUGUGGUGUCUUUUGUGCUGUUUCCUGAUUUUAACAAUGAAUUCUUUUUCUUUAAAUGGCUGCCUUCUAAAUUUUGGUUGGCCUAUUUUGCACUGCUUCAUUUCUCUGUAAUAAAACUACUGAAAUAUGA